ACAGCAAGAGGGGCGGGACAAUUGCUUAAGUUGACCUCCGGGUCCUGAAUCGCGGGCAAAGAUGGCGGCGGCCAGGUGGUGGAGGCCUUUGCUACGCGGUCCGAGGCUUUCAUUGCACACCGCGGCUAAUGCCGCCGCCACGGCUACAGAAACGACCUGCCAAGACGUCGCGGCGACCCCCGUCGCGCGGUACCCGCCGAUUGUGGCCUCCAUGACAGCCAAAAGCAAGGCGGCACGGCUGCGGCGGAUCGAGCGCUGGCAGGCGACGGUGCACGCUGCGGAGUCGGUAGACGAGAAGCUGCAAAUCCUCACCAAGAUGCAGUUUAUGAAGUACAUGGUUUACCCGCAGACCUUCGCGCUGAACGCCGACCGCUGGUACCAGUACUUCACCAAGACCGUGUUCCUGUCGGGUCUGCCGCCGCCCCCAGCGGAGCCCGAGCCCGAGCCGGAGCCCGAACCCGCGCUGGACUUCGCGGCGCUGCGUGCGGUCGCCUGCGACUGCCUGCUGCAGGAGCACUUCUACCUGCGGCGCAAGCGGCGCGUGUACCGUUCCGAGGAGAGCGAGGUCAUAUCUUUGCCCUUCCUGGAUCAGCUGGUGUCAACCCUCGUGGGCCUCCUCAGCCUGCACAACCCGACCCUGGCCGCCGCCGCCCUCGAUUAUAGAUGCCCAGUUCAUUUUUACUGGGUGCGUGGUGAAGAAAUCAUUCCUUGUGGUCAUCGGAAAGGUCGAAUUGAUAACUUGCGAUACCAGAUAGAUGAUAAACCAAACAACCAGAUUCGAAUAUCCAAGCAACUCGCAGAGUUUGUGCCAUUGGAUUAUUCUGUUCCUAUAGAAAUCCCCACUAUAAAAUGUAAACCAGACAAACUUCCAUUAUUCAAACGGCAGUAUGAAAACCGCAUAUUUGUUGGCUCAAAAAUUGCAGAUCCUUGCUGUUACGGUCACACCCAGUUUCAUCUGUUACCUGACAAAUUAAGUAGGGAAAGGCUUUUGAGACAAAACCGUGCUGAUCAGAUAGAAGUUGUUUUUAGAGCUAAUGCUAUCGCAAGCCUUUUUGCGUGGACUGGAGCGCAAGCUAUGUAUCAAGGAUUCUGGAGCGAAGCAGAUGUUACUCGACCUUUUGUCUCCCAGGCUGUGAUCACAGAUGGAAAAUACUUUUCCUUUUUCUGCUACCAGCUAAAUACUUUGGCACUGACUACACAAGCUGAUCAAAAUAACCCUCGUAAAAAUAUAUGUUGGGGUACACAAAGUAAGCCUCUUUAUGAAACAAUUGAGGAUAAUGAUGUGAAAGGUUUUAAUGAUGAUGUUCUACUUCAGAUAGUUCACUUUCUACUGAAUAGACCAAAAGAAGAAAAAUCACAGCUGUUGGAAAACUGAAAAAGCAUAUUUGAUUGAGAACUGUGGGAAUAUUUACAUUUUACUGAAGGAACAAUAAUGAUGAGAUUUGUAACUGUCAACUAUUAAAUACAUUGAUUUUUGAGACAAAUA